AUGAUUCGGAUUCUACAACCAUUGUUGGGCAAGUAUGUGCACGUGUUUAUCGAUGAUAUCAUUGUUUAUUCUCGCACGUUGGAUGAACAUGUGGCACAUUUGAAGCAAGUCUUUGAUAUCUGCAAGGAGGCUAAUUUACGAAUCAAGAAGGCCAAAUGCAUGUUUGCAAGUGAUAGCGUUGAGUAUCUUGGUCAUCAAAUCACACGUGAAGGAUUGAAGCCUACGGAUCGAAACGUCAAGAAGGUGUUGGACAUGGUGGCACCAAGUAGCAAGGCAGAUGUGCGGUCAUUUUUGGGUAUGGUGGGAUACUAUCGCCGUUUUAUCCCUGAUUUUGCGGACAAGGCACAGCCCAUGCAACAAUUGAUCAAGGCCAAGAGUGAAUUUGUUUAG